AUGAAGAGUUUAGUUUUCAUUUGCGCUAUCCUAGUACAAUGCUGCUGGAGUUAUGAUCCUUAUAACUCUGCUGGUGCAGGCGCCUUUACUUACGAAGAUUCAACAGGACAUAGGUACGAAUGCGUUUACAAGCCAAAAUACAACCAUAAUUACGAGCCUCCAGAAAUCAAAAGAUUUAACGAAGUUAACCCCGUUGAGCAAUAUUGGCCGGGUGUAAUUGCUAACAUUGAAAACCAACAACGCGCAGUGUUCGAAGCCGCACAAAACUCGUACGGUCCUUUUAACGAAUUUCCUUACAUUCCAACUUUCGACUUUAGGUACCCACAACACAAUCAUUUCAAUUAUUUUGGAUCCAGAAACCGCAAACCAUUUGAUAUGUCGGGACAAAAUACGCCCUACGAUGCCUUUGCAUAUGGAGCCGUCGGACCCGGAUUUAAGCAGCAGGAAGCCGCCAUAAAUCCCUCGAACCCGCAAUCACCGAACGUAAGGAAAUUUAGCCAAAAUCCGGGUAGCAGAAACGGCGCGGACAAUCAUUUCUACAGUGUCUCCAGUUCAGCGGUUUCCUCAUCUGUAGACAAAAAUGGUGAAUUACAAAGCCAACGAGCCGCCGAGACGAUUGUCAAUGACAAUGGAAAAGUUACCAAAUAUAGCGUACAUAGUUAA